AGCUGGAUAGUCACUUAAAAAUGGCGGUCUCGCCGUGAACUCUUCUCUAUUGCUGUCGGGCAGCGAACUCUUCUUCCUCACUCCCCCCCUAAUCUCUGUCUCUCCAUGUACUGGUUAGCAUCCAAGACCCUUGUCUCGGUCCCUCGAUGGCGCUCUCUCUCUCUUCUCCUUCGUUACCCCCGUUAUCGGGGUGCAUUUGCUUCCUCUCUUCCUCCAAUCAAACACUGUGUACAAAUCCAUUGCUGCAAAGAGCGAAAGGGUUUGAAAGGGAAUACAAAAGCAACCAAGAAACUUAAAGAAAUGAACAAUGCCCUUGAUGAUAAGGAUCAAACUCACAUUUUAUGGUGGAAGGAGAGAAUGCAGUUAUGCAGAAAGCCUUCUACUGUCCAACUAAUCAAACGGCUCAUAUUUUCCAAUUUACUAGGUCUGGAUGUUAACUUGAAAAGUGGAAGUUUAAAAGAAGGAUCACUUAAUUGGGAGAUUCUGCAGUUCAAGUCAAGAUUUCCGCGCGAAGUUUUGCUCUGUAGAGUUGGGGAUUUUUAUGAAGCUAUAGGGAUUGAUGCUUGCAUUCUAGUGGAGUAUGCUGGUUUGAAUCCUUUUGGUGGGAUGCGUUCAGACAGUAUUCCAAGAGCUGGUUGUCCUGUUAUGAAUCUUCGACAGACUUUGGAUGAUCUCACACGUAAUGGAUAUUCAGUUUGUGUAGUGGAGGAAGUCCAAGGUCCAACCCAAGCUCGUUCUCGUAAAGGGCGUUUUAUAUCUGGGCAUGCACAUCCAGGUAGUCCUUAUGUAUUUGGGCUUGUUGGCAUUGAUCAUGAUCUUGACUUUCCAGAGCCAAUGCCUGUAGUUGGAAUAUCUCACUCUGCCAAGGGGUAUUACAUAAUCUCAGUUCUAGAGACUAUGAAGACCUAUUCUGCAGAGGAUGGUCUGACUGAAGAAGCAUUAGUUACCAAACUUCGAACUUGUCACUGCCAUCAUUUGUUUCUGCAUGCUUCAUUGAAACACAACUUGUCAGGGACUUGUCACUGGGGGGAGUUUGGUAAGGGAGGAUUAUUGUGGGGAGAGUGUAGUGCCAGGCACUUUGAAUGGUUUGAAGGCAAUCCUGUCAACGAGCUGUUGUCAAAGGUAAAGGAGUUGUAUGGUCUUGCGGAUGAAGUCACAUUUAGGAAUGUAACUGUUGCAUCGGAAGACAGGCCCUGUCCUUUACACUUAGGAACAGCCACGCAAAUUGGUGCUAUAAAAACAGAGGGAAUUCCUUCUUUGUUGAAGGUGUUGCUUCCAUCCAAUUGCACUGGUCUUCCCGUUCUGUAUAUGCGAGAUAUUAUUUUGAAUCCUCCUGCCUAUGAGACUGCAUCCAUGAUUCAAGCAAUAUGCAGACUUAUGAGCAAUGUAAAAUGCUCGAUUCCGGAGUUUACUUGUGUUUCAUCUGCAAAGCUUGUGAAGCUGCUUGAGUUGAGGGAGGCCAACCAUAUUGAGUUUUGCAAAAUCAGAAGUGUGCUUGAUGAGAUAUUGCAUAUGCAUAAAAUCUCUGAGCUCAGGGAAAUCCUGAAAUUAUUAAUGGAUCCCACAUGGAUAGCAACUGGGUUGAAAAUUGACUUUGAAAACUUUGUGAGUGACUGUGAAUGGGCUUCAUGUAGAAUUGGUGAAAUGAUUUACUUAGACGGUGAAAGUGAUCAAAAGAUAAGCUCUUUUUCUAUCGUACCAAGUGACUUCUUUGAGGACAUUGAGUCUUCAUGGAAAGGUCGUGUCAGAAAGAUUCAUUUGGAGGAAGUGUAUGAGGAAGUGGAAAAGGCAGCUGGGGCACUAUCAUUAGCUGUUACUGAAGAUUUCCUCCCCAUUAUCUCAAGAAUAAAAGCUUCCAUAGCUCCACUUGGUGGACCAAAGGGAGAAAUAUUGUAUGCUCGAGAACAUCAAGCUAUUUGGUUUAAGGGAAAACGGUUUUCUCCAGCUGUAUGGGCUGGUACCCCAGGAGAAGAACAAAUUAAACAGCUCAGACCUGCUGUGGAUUCAAAGGGUCGAAAAGUUGGAGAGGAAUGGUUUACCACUGUGAAAGUGGAGGAUGCACUAGCAAGGUACCAUGAAGCAAGUUCCAAGGCAAAGGCAAAGGUCUUGGAAUUGCUGAGGGCACUUUCUGCUGAAUUACAAGCAAAAAUCAAUGUCCUUGUCUUUGCAUCUACGUUACUUGUCAUUGCCAAGGCGUUAUUUGCUCAUGUGAGUGAAGGCAGAAGAAGAAAAUGGGUUUUUCCUACUCUUGCACAAUUCUCUUGUCAGUCUAAGGAUGUAGGACCUCGGGACCUAGCUGAUGAGAUGAAGAUAACUGGUUUAUCACCGUAUUGGCUUGAUGUUGCACAAGGAAACGCCGUACUAAAUACAGUGAAUAUGCAAUCACUGUUUCUCUUGACAGGACCAAAUGGUGGUGGUAAAUCAAGCUUGCUUCGAUCAAUUUGUGCAGCUGCAUUACUUGGGAUCUGUGGACUAAUGGUACCUGCAGAAUCAGCAUUGAUUCCUCAUUUUGACUCCAUUAUGCUGCACAUGAAAUCAUAUGACAGCCCUGCUGAUGGCAAAAGUUCAUUUCAGAUUGAAAUGUCUGAGGUACGGUCUAUAAUAACUAGAGCCACUUCAAGGAGUCUUGUGCUUGUGGAUGAAAUAUGCAGGGGAACAGAAACAGCCAAGGGGACAUGUAUUGCUGGCAGCAUUGUGGAAACUCUUGAUAAAAUUGGUUGUCUUGGAAUUGUAUCGACCCACUUGCAUGGAAUCUUUGACUUACCUCUAUCAAUAAAGAACACUGCAUAUAAGUCAAUGGCAACAGAAUAUAUUGAUGGGCAAACAAAACCAACAUGGAAGCUGGUAGAUGGGAUCUGCAAAGAAAGCCUUGCAUUUGAAACAGCUAAAAGGGAAGGAAUUCCUGAAACAAUUAUCCAAAGGGCACAAGAGCUGUAUUUUUCCGUUUAUGCAAAAGAUAUGCUUUUGGGAAGGAAUGAUAAACAACUAGAUUGUUUUUCUUCUAAAUCGAGUAUUAAUGGUUCCCCAACUGUUAAUAUUAACGGUUUGAAUGAAGCCGACAAUCAAUCUAACAGUAUCCAUAAAAAGGCAGUCAGCCACAAGGUUGGGUCAACAAAUGGAAUGGAGAUUGUAAGAAAGAAAGUUGAGAGUGCAAUCACUAUAAUCUGUCAGAAAAAACUGAUUGAGGUCUACAAGAAGAAAAAUGUAUUAGAGCUUGAGGUAAAUUGUGUUGCAAUUGAUGCUAGGGAACUGCCACCUCCAUCAACAAUUGGUGCUUCAAGUGUUUAUGUGAUGCUUAGACCUGACAAAAAACUAUAUGUUGGACAGACUGAUGAUCUUGAGGGUCGAAUUCAUGCUCAUCGUUCCAAGGAUGGAAUGCAGAGUGCUUCUUUCCUUUAUCUAUUGGUGCCUGGCAAGAGCAUGGCUUGCCAACUGGAAACUCUUCUCAUCAACCAACUUCUUAAUCAAGGUUUCCAACUGACAAAUGUGGUUGAUGGUAAGCAUCGAAAUUUUGGCACUUCUGAUCUCUCGUUGGAAAGUGCAACUUUGCAUAGAUGAACUCACACAUCUCAGUAGCCAAGAUGUGUAAGGUGCAGAGCUAUUCGAUAUGAAAUAGCAUUGCAGUUAUGAUCUUUCGGUUAGGUAGCAUUGUAAAUUAAGGACAACUGGUUGUGGAUGCCAAACUUGCUGUGGCUACAAAAGUUUUGGUUUAAUGUUAGUGCUCCACUGCAGCAUACCGUCACGGCCUCUUGCCAAAGGGUGUUCUUGUUGAUUGGCAUCUUCAAAUCCAUUGCAUGAUAGAGAAAUUUAUGGAAGAAAAUCUUUUAGCAAAUUUUCCUUUUUGUUUGUUCUUCAGUCUUUUGGGACGAGUUUGGGUAAGUUUACUUUGUGGAAACACAUGUUAGCGAGUCUUCUAAGUGACAACUUAUGCAUUGAAAUGCUGGUGGUAGAGUAUCCAUUGUGUUAGGAGUGAGUGAAACUGCUGUUGUAACUAGUAAAACCUUGCUUGAAGUAGGGGUCACUCAAAAUUGGUCUGGAUCAAAAAGCUGGACCGUUCCAGUCCGGGACCAAACCUUGCCGGUCCGGUUUUCAAUCCCCAUGUUGAUUUUUUUUCAAUUUCUGGUUCGGACCAAAAAUUGA